AGGAAUGUGAAGAAAAAAAACACACACACAGAGAAACAUUAUAUAAAAUUAAUACAUAAUAUUUUAGAAUAGCUUCAAAAACAAGUGCUCAAAUGCAGGUUGUUGGUGUCGGCCUACGUCUGGAGGGGAUUUUUUGAAAUUGCAUUUUAUUUUGCGCCUGUGUUUAUCCUGAGGCCUAGCAUUAGCUUGGUGUUAGCAUUUCUGCGCUGCAUCACGCGCGUCUAAUGAAGAUAAUGUUUAUUACUUCUUAGUGGUGAGUGCACUAAAGAUUCAGUAUGUGGGACCAGGGAGGACAGCCCUGGCAGCAAUGGCCUCUGAGUCAGCAGCAGUGGAUGCAGUCGUUUCAGCACCAGCAAGAUCCAGGUCAAGUCGACUGGGCGGCUUUAGCUCAGGCAUGGAUCGCUCAAAAGGAGUCGAACGGGUCGGAGCAGCAGCAGCAACAACAGCAACAGCUGCCACCGCCGCCGCCGAACGGACAGGACAUUGUCCCCGCCGUCGGACUCGACUCUCAUAACAACCACACCAACUUUCAGAAUGAAUCCAGCUUUAACAGGAUGUGGCAGCCAGAGUGGGGGAUGCACAGCCAACCUCCUCCUCCUCCACCUCCUCCUCCACCUCCUACAGACCAGACUUGGAUUCCUCCGGUGCCAGCACCCAUGGACAUUGUAAAUCCAUCAGAGGACAGUAACAGUCAGGACAGCGUCGAGUUCACUGGCGACCCGCAUCACGUGUUCAGCCAGAACAGUCAUGGGUUCAACAGCGCACCCGAACACUACCCCGUCACUCCGAUGCCGGUCAACCAGUUCGAUUAUCAGCACGGAGCAUUUGGGCCUCCUGGCACUGGGUUUCCACCCCCCUUUUUUCCUGACGGCCCCCAAAACAGGCGGGACAGAAUGCCAGGAUUCAGACCAGACUGGCCCAGAUCACCCGGGCAGAUGGGCGUCAAAACAGAAGCACCAGUUAUUGACGCUGUGAAAAGGCGCACUCUGCCCGCUUGGAUUCGAGAAGGCCUCGAGAAAAUGGACCGCGAGAAGCAGAAGAAGCUGGAGAAGGAGAGGAUGGAAAAAGAAAGGGCAGAAAUGGUUCAUGAGGAAAAAGCCAAUGACGUCACAGAGGAGGACGGAGGCGGAAUUCGGAUGCCACGCAAGAGCAAGUUUGACAGUGAUGAUGAGGAUGGUGAUGAAGGUGAAGAUGCAGAGGAAGCUGUUCCGUUAAAAAUGCCAUCUCCUGUACAUGAGGAGCAGAGCGAACCAGAAAUGACUGAGGAGGAGAGAGAGUUUCAGCUGAUGCUUCUGACCAAAACCCUCCUGACUGAAGUUCUGCUCGAGGUGACGAACGAGGAAAUCGUACGCGUGGCCUUGGAGACGCACCGCAAAGCCAGCAAAGCUCCUGCAAAACAGCUGGCACAGUCCAGUGCACUGGCUUCUCUCUCCUCCCUCGGCGGCCUCGGUGCGUACGGAUCAGACGAGAGCGAGGACGAGCGUAGUGUGAAGGGCUCGGAUGAGUCUGAUACGGAUGAAGAGGAGCUGCGGCACCGGAUUCGUCAGAAGCAGGACGCGUUUCGGCGCAAGGAGCAGGAAAGACAGGAACUGGAGGAGCAUAUUAAUACUAACCCAGAACCCCCAUUCCUAGGGAGCAGGGAAAGGGAGCGAGAGAGUCAUGAGGACGAGCAGUCAGAUUCCAAACUCGAAGUUAAGGACAGGGAGGUAGAGUCAGGUCAGAGGUCAGAAGUUAGUGAGGUCAAGCAUUCAGGAUCACGCAGAAGCCGCACAUCCUCCUCCAGCUCGUCUUUCUCCUCUACGGUGUCAACAUCUUCCUCCUCUACGUCUUCUUCCUCAUCGUCCCGUUCUUCCUCACCGCGCAGAAAGAGGAGACGCAGUCGCUCAGCCUCGCGCGGCAAUCGCAGCCGCAGUCGGAGUUCCCGCAGGAACCAUUCAGACCGCGGGGACAGGGAGAGGAGACGGAGCAGCCGAGACCGGAGCUCCACUCGCUACAGGAAACGCAGCCGCAGCCACGACAGACGGCGCAGCCGCAGCCACAGCCGAAGGAAGAGAACAAGAAGCAGAGACAGAGAGAGGAGGAAAGAGAGGAGCCCAAGCCGUGAGAAGAAGAAGAGAGACAAGGAGCUAGAGAAAAAGAAAGACAAGCAAAGGGCAAGAGAGAGGGAAAGGGAAAAAGAAAAGGAGAGGGAAAGAGAGCGGGAGCGAGAACGGGAAAGGGAGCGAGAACGAGAGAGGGAUGUUAGCUCAGCCAGAGAGGAGGAGAGCAGAUCGAAGAAGAAGCGACGAGAGAGCGAUGUCAUUUCCCGACAAGACAGCAGAUCUAGUAGAAAAAAUUCGACCAAAUCAAACAGAAGGUAUUCGGACUCUGAUUCCAGCAGGUCCCCGUCCCCUGAGGUUAGCAAAGGCAAAAAGUCUAAAAAAAACAAGCGUAGUCGAUCAAGGUCAACGGAAAAAUCGCACAAGUCUGGUAAGAAGGCAAGCCGCAAACACAAGUCUAAAUCGCGAUCAAGGUCGAACUCCCCGAGCCGACGCAGGCGCUGAGGACUCCUGCGCUUUCUCUCUUAUUUUAAAAUUCCAUGAGUUUAAAGGGCGUGUCUCGUUAUGGAGGCAGCGUUGUAGGUGAACUCUGCACUCAAACCCACACUGUAAAUAUGUGUUCAUUUUUAACUGAUGUCUGUGAUUAUGAAACGUUUGGAACAAUAAGGUUAUUUUGGCCUUGUAUUACGAAAGACUCCGCAUUAGUAGAUGAUAUAGGAUCUUGAAGCUGUAAGAUUUUAAAGCCCCUGAGACAAGGAGGGGAGAGUUCUACAUCUAAUGUAAAGUGUCUAAUAAAAUACUGCUUUUUUUCUGUUCA